AUGCUUGUUACAGCACUCCUCUGUAUUUUCGUUGGUCUUGCAAGUUCUCAAACUUGGACUAAGAAUCAUUGUGGUCAACGUCCAUUAGUAGCUCGUAGCGAUGAUGAUAAAAUCGUUGGUGGUUCAGCAUCCGUACGUGGUGAUUGGCCAUGGUCGUGCUCUAUGCGUUAUCCAACCAGUCACAUUUGUGGUGGCUCACUUAUUAAUAGUAAAUGGAUCGCAACUGCAGCACAUUGUGUAACCCGUAAUAGUCUUGCAAGUUCAUACAAAUGGCAUUGUGGUCUACAUGAACGAAACAAGCAUGAUGAAUGGACUAGAGAAUAUGUAUCAAAACAAUAUAUUGUACAUCCACAGUAUAAUUCAGCAACAAUUGUUAAUGAUAUUGCUCUAUUCAGAAUUAGUGAUACAGAUAUAGAUUUUGACGAUUACGUAAUGCCAAUCUGUUUUCCUCCUAAAGGUUAUGAUUAUGCUGGCAAAACGUCGGUUGCUGGCGGAUGGGGUACACUAUCUUCUGGUGGAAGCCUUGCUACUGUUCACAUGGAAGUUGCAAUGCCAGUUUUGACUGAUGCUAGAUGUAUAUCGAAACAUAAUGGAUACACCAUAGUUCCAGCAACUCAAAUCUGUGCUGGUGACGGUGGUAAUAAAGAUACAUGUCAAGGUGAUUCAGGUGGUCCAUUAGUUGUUAAGCAUGCAGAGGAUAAUCUCUGGUAUUUGGCUGGUUUGACAUCAUGGGGUAUUGGAUGUGGUGGUGGUGGUGUUUAUACUCGUCUUUCUGGAUUUCGUGAUUGGGUUCUGAGUCAUGUUACAAGUCUUCCAACAGGAGUCUAA